GUUAUGUUUUAUGCGAAACAGCCGCGCCCGUCAUGCCCAAGAAAUGAAAGUGAAAGCAAUACAAAAUAAAGUCUUGACUGACGUGUAAAGACGAAUGAAAUUUCCAUUCUAUAUUAUCAACUAAAAUGUCAUUACGUGGGUUUGGCAAUAGUUAUCUGGAAAAUGAGGAGGAGGAAGAGAACUAUGAGCAGAGCACUUCUAGUCAGUCUGCCUCGGCCAGGGGGAGCCACUUUGAGUGGCAGCUGUAUGAAGGACAGAAAUGGCUUAGUAUUGGCAAUGACCAUGUGAUCGAGACCCACUACUGCCAGCCUGGGGCCAAAGGAAUGAACAUCUACCCAUCACACAUGGGGCAGGUCUAUAUAGAUUUUGAUCAGAUUGAGGCUCAAAAUGCUGCCAUGGGUGUACGGCGACUCACGUUCCUACCUCAGGGUCAAAAUGAAGACAUCGGGUGGUAUUUCAAAGACAAUCUGAUAUGGCGUGAAUACGGUUCUUUGGGUCCAGGUCAGGGCUCGUCCUCAGUCAGUAGUGGUGAUGUGGAACGACAGUACAUCCUCAGACCUCAGGGGACCUUCCACUUCACUGUGGGGAGGAACAGCUACACCUUAGACUUCACAGCUAUGACACAGACCAAUUCAGCCACCCGGGUACAGAGAAACGUCCGGCGGCGUCCAAAGUUCAACUCCGUCGUCUCAGGGAAUGGCAGCGUAUCCAUUGCCCAAUCAGCCCCCACCGUAAUUGCCUCACCACCUCCCUCUGCUGGCUACACCUGGGAAUUCAUGGGUGAGGAGGGAGUGUGGAUAGAAUACCAGACUCCAAGUUGCUCAUUGGGGAGUGCUGAGAUUGAGAGACGCUACCAGAAGAACCCUAAGGGACAGAUACGCUUCAAAGCUGGGAGAUAUUCCUACACCCUCGACUUCUCAGGCAUGUGUCAGACCAACAUUCGCAUCGGGACCAAAAGAAUUGUGAGGAGAACUCAAUGUGAAGCGCAACAAACAAGCAGUGGAGGAUUGGGUUUACGGUCCCGUUGGCAGUUUCAAGACGUGGACGGAAGCUGGAAAGACUUUGCCAAAAGGAGCGACACCUGCAGUGUAUCCAGCCAGGACAUUGAAGCCCAGUACCAGCAGAACCCAAAUGGAACUAUGAACUUCACUACCAGGAGAUUCAGCUAUCAACUGGACUUCUCAGCCCUGACCCAAAGAAACCUGUCCACUCAGACCACCCGAUCUGUUCGACGCCUGAACUAAUCACUGCCCACGACACUGUCCUGUCAGGGGCGAAGUGCAAUACCCUGGCAGUGGAGGCUGGUGGGAAGAGCUAUAGGAGGACAGGCUCAUUGUAAUGGCUGGAAUGGAAUAAAUGGAGAGGUAUCAAACACACACGGAAACGUUUCACUCCGUUUCUUUCAUUCCAUUCCAGCCAUUACAAUGAGCCCGUCCUAUAGCUCCUCCCACCAGCCUCCACUGUACCCUGGGUGCAUCUCAAUUGUCUAAAGUGGCUUCCUCCCAACUCCAUUUCUUCAUGUGCACAGUGAAGACAAGUCACUGUCCGGUAUUGAGAUGGAACCCCUUCCAUUCCACUUCCUCCUAAAAAUUAAAUUUGUUUACAUAUGUAUUCAUGGAUUUCCUGUUAUUUUUUCAACAUUGUGCAUAUACUUAAAAACCAAUACUGUUAUUAGAAAAGUAGCUUCUGACAAUCUGCACAAUACUUUUUAUUUUUUAUUUUUUUUUAAAUGUGAUCUGUAAAAAGAACCCUCUCACUGCCAAUGGUACAAAAGGAACAAGCCUUUUGAGCAUGUUCUAGCAUGUACAUUUUCUCAUUGUCUUUAGUUUGAAUAAAGGUGAUUUUCAAGUA